AUGAUUGUCUCUCCGUUGGUCAUUGCUCUGACAGCGCUGGUUGCUGGAGCGCCAUCUCAAGCAUCCAGUGUACUUCCACUUACACGGGACACAGCGCAGAAGUCGACGGCAUACUGGUAUGAAAAGAUCAAGCACAAUGGCAUCAGCCCUUUCAUUGAGAAUGGCAAAAAAUGGAAGGUCCACCGCAAUGUGAAGACCGAUUUUGGUGCCAAAGGUGACGGGGUGACGGACGAUACAGAUGCCAUUCAAGCCGCCAUCAACUUCGGCAACGGCACAGAAUUCCGAAAUAGUUCAUCUUGGGGGACAACUGGCGCUCCAGCAGUGGUGUAUAUUCCUAGCGGGACUUAUCGCAUUACGAAACCGCUGUACAAUUAUGUUGACACCGUCAUUAUGGGUGACCCAACAAACAAACCCAUUCUACAGGCCGCAGAUACCUUCUCCGAAAAGUACAAAUUUCUUUUAUACGGCCAUGAUUACAAUUACGACUCCACGAUUAACUUCUAUAUCGGCCUAAAAAAUGUUGUUCUAGACUCCUCUCGGGUGCCGGCUAAACAAAACAUUACCUUGCUCAAUUGGGCCGUCUCGCAGAACGUCCAACUGGCCAAUGUGGUCUUUAACAUGGCGGACAGCGGCGUGGCACAUACUGGCCUAUCAAUGCCUGAAGGAGGUUCACCUCUCAUCAUGAACAAUCUGGUCUUUCAAGGUGGUUCAGUUGGAGUUCGUAUGAAUGAGCAACAAUACCAUUUCAAGGACUUGACAUUUAAGAACAUGGACAUUGGGCUGAAGCUUGACAAACUCUUUGAAGGGACUGGCCAAGGACUUCGAUUUGAAUCAUGCAAAGUUGGAGUUGAAACCACAAACAACAAUACCGGCUUCUUCGCGCUCAUUGACUCAACGGCCAGCAACGUUGACAUACUAUGGAACUCUGCUGGCUCAUCGACUGCCCAGGGUUCUAUGGUGCUGGAAAAUGUUAAAGUUGAUAAGAGUGUCAAAUCUACUGUGACAUCCGCCGGUAAGAGCAUUCUCACCGGCUCUGUCGACCAAGGCAAAGCUUGGGUCUGGGGAAAUGUGUACGGUCCAGAUAACGGAGAGCGCGCGGAGGGCAAGUUCUAUCCCGCAAGUCGCUCAAAAACCCUCGUUGAUGCUUCUGGGGCAUUCCACAACGCAAAAGAGCCAACAUUCGCAGACCAUGAUAUUACAAAGGUCGUGAAUGUCAAAAACGUCUGCAAGUUUCCAGUCAUGGGCGAUGGUAUAACUGAUGACACUGCCAACUUGCAGCACAUCAUCAACAAAGCAGCCGGCAAAAAGGUCAUCUUCUUCCCGCACGGAACCUAUCUCGUCAGCGACACCCUCUACAUCCCCCCUGGUAGCAAGUUCCACGGUGAAGCAUGGUCCGAAAUCAGCGCCACGGGAGACAAAUUCAAAGACGAAAAGAAACCUACCCCAAUGGUCCAAGUCGGCAAACCGGGAGAAACUGGCGUUGCCCAGUUCGUCGAUAUGCUAUUCACAGUGGCCGAUGUCCUUCCAGGCUGUAAGCUGGUCGAAGUCAACAUGGCCGGCUCCCGGCCUGGUGAUGUCGGAUUCUGGAACAGCCAUUUCCGUAUCGGCGGUGCUCGCGGUUCCAAAGCCCAAACUAACUGCAACAGUCCUGCUACAUGCCGAGCAGCCCGUAUGUGCGCCCAUCUAACCGCCUCAUCCUCCUCCUUCUGGGAGAACAGCUGGUGCUGGAGUGCCGACCACGACCUCGACGACGAUUUUGCAGCCAACCCUUCCACAGGCGGUGGAUUUCUCGUGGAAUCAACAAAGGGAACAUGGUUAAACGGCAUUGGAUCCGAGCACAACGUCCUCUACCAAAUGAACAUUCACAAAGCAAAGAACGUCUUCCUUGGCUUCCAGCAGAGCGAAACGCCGUACUGGCAGGGCAACAACUCUGGCCUGCUCACCCCAGCACCAUGGCAGAAUUCCCUACUGCCAAGUGACCCUGACUUUGCGUGGUGUGCCGCAGACGACGCUCAGUGUCGCAUGGCAGCGUAUCAAAUCGCUAACAAGUCAUCCAAUGUGAAUAUUUACGGUGGCGGAUACUGGACCUUUUUCAAUGGCAUCAACCGCGAUGGCUGCAAGGGAGAAUGCCAGGAGAAUGGUGUCAUUUACGAAGAUAACACUGAACUGUACAGUUUUGGUGUAAGCACGCAUAAUGUGCGGACAAUGGUGCUGGAGGGCAAGAACGGCAAGUUCAAUAGCGUUGUGAAGGAUAAGGCGAAUUCUGGUGGUUGGCAAUCUGGAGGUGGUGUCAUGGCGGCGUAUUUGCGACAGGGACAAUAA